UAUGAAGUCAAAUGAUACCAGUAUAGAGUCUAAUGCAACUAGUAUGGAGUCUAAUGUGACUUGUAUGGAGUCUAAUACAACUAGUAUGAAGUCAAAUGAUACCAGUAUAGAGUGUAAUGCGACUAGUAUGGAGUCUAAUGCGACUAGUAUGGAAUCUAAUGAUACCAGUAUAGAGUCUAAUGCAAUAACUAUGGAGUCUAAUGCGACUUGUAUGGAGUCUUAUGUGAUUUGUAUGGAGUCUAAUGUGACUAGUUUGGAGUCUGAUGAGACUAGUAUGAAGUCUAAUGAUCUCAAUUUACAUGGAGAUAGACCGAAGGCCAAUAUCCAGCUUGAUACAAUCAAUGGUUUUGACUAUGAACAACAAUCAUCACCUGAUGAAAAACACACAUCUGAAAAGUUGAAAGAUGAAUGUGAAGUUACUUGCAGCGAAGACAUUCCAAUUAAAGAAACAAAUGCAAGCCCUAAAUCCUUGGAAAAGGAAUUCACUGACCUAAAAGAUGGCAAACAUAAAAUGCUGCACGUACAAGAUACUAUUAUGAAUACUGAAUCUACAAGCAAAAAUUUAACAAAAGAUAGCAGUAUUGAGUCAAAACUGAAUGAAGUAUCCAGUCAAUAUUCAAGUUGUCAGAACAUUACAAAUGUGCUUAAAAGUAAUGAACAAAAUCCAGUUGAUGAACAGAAACUUAUCAAGUCCAACAAUGAAUGUAUGACUGAACCUUCAAACAGAAUAGAUUCAAUUAGAAAAGAUUCAACAAAAGUAGAUAUUUCGAUUCUGACAGAAACAAACAAUGUUUCUAAUCAAGCACCUUGUACCAAGUACCCUGGUCACCAAAACAAAAUUCAAGAUAAGGUUAAAGAAAAUGAACUAAAUCCAGGAGUUGAACUCAAAAGUGUUAACUCAGCUGAUGACUGUAAAAAUGAAACAAUUGUCCAGAAAGAUUUUGAUAAGCCAGAAAGAGCACCAGUAGCUUAUACCUUAUCUGAUCUUAUUGCUAAGGUGUCAGAGAGAACUGAUGCUUCACAGGUUGUGUCCCUUAAUGAGAGUUUGAACUCAAUGAAUAGUACACCAGACAGUGAAAAUGAGUCCAGUGAAAUAGAUAGUGACGAGGCCUCGAGUAAUGAAGAUGACACUGAUGAUACUUCUGAUGAAGAUGUCGAUGGAAGUGAUGAAAUAGGACAUCCUACAGAUAGGGGGAACACACCUGUGGAAUCUGAAGAAACUGAGUCACUUGAAGCUCAACAGCAAUCAACUGUUGAAUGUAUGGAUGAUCUCACAAAUGUACCAGGCUCUAGAAAUGAUAAAGAACUUAACAGUAAAUCUCUUCUUGAAACCUGUGCUAAACCCUCCCUAAUUAGUGAAUCAGCUUCCAUGAAUAAAAAGAUAAAGGAAACCAUAAAAAGUUUAUCUGAAGAUUCAAAGGAUUCUUUUAAACUUACUUGUGAUGAAGAAAUGCCACAAGAAUUUUCUAAUGAUACCGUUGACCUUGUUAAUGAUGAUAAAAAAGCUGAGGAACAGGAUGAAAAAGCACAUACAACAAAGCACAAUGAAAUCACAAAUGAAGUCAGUGAGUGUAGUGGUGAUGAAAAUAAAGAAGCUGAAAAAAUGAAAGGAGAUGAUGUUGAUAUUGACAUUAAAAUAAGUGAAGCAAAAAUAGAAAAUGCAUCAGAUAAGAAAUCAGGGAACACGACAAGUAAUGAAUAUCUUGUGAAGAUUAAAACAGACAAAAGUGAACCAACAAAAAAUCAGUCAAUACCUCAUAGCUAUGAUAAAACAUCUGCAAGGAGUGAAGAUAUUAUUAUAACAGAGCUUCAGCCAAACAUGAUUGAUGUCAUAAAAACUGUAUGUGUUGAAAAGAAGAAGGACCAUCUUAUCGGUGAGAUGCAAACACAUUCUAAAACAAUUGGAAACUAUAUUGAAGGAUUAGAAGGAGCACCAGUAUAUCUUAACAAGUAUCAAAGUCCACAUAGCCAAUUUGAAAAACCAGCUAAGAGUGGGUCUAUAUUCAUGAGCUCUGAGUUAGAUAAUUAUCUAGAGUCUGAUGGCAAUAGAAAUGUGAACACAUGCCUUCCACUUGGUGACUUUGAUAUUGUCUUUAAAAAGCCCAAAAUCCCAGAACAGUAUCGUGCAAGGAAAGACACUGAAGAUCAGAAUGAAGAAUCUUUGAUUGAAACUCUCGCUGAUAAAGACGAAAUUGAUGGACUUAGAUUUCUAUCGUUUGAAUCUGAGGACUUGAUACUGAAAUACUCUGAUGAGAAGAAUAAAGCUAAAGCAAAGUUUGACAAAAUUAUUGAACAAUCUAAAAAACAAAGAAAAUUUCAAUUUGGGAUAUCACAAAACCCAUCAAAAUAUCUCCGCCGCGUAUCAAAUAGGAGGAGUAAAGUGACUUCAGCUUUGAAUAGUCCCUUGCAGAGUCCUUCUAAACUUAAUGCAGAUGUUGAUUCCAAAGGAUCUGAUGCCUUGUUUGAUAAGGAACUGUUCACGUCUCUUCACUGGAAAUCCAAAGCUGGGAUAGCUAAGAAACUGUCAAAUGAAGAGAUGAAACGAAUUGGUUUGAAGUUCGUGAAACGUCGUAAGAGGAACCCAAAGUAUACACACAGACCAAGUAAAAAGCGGGUUGCUACCUUUGAUGCAGUAGGCAACAGGAGAAGACUUGGGAGACCUAAGAAGAAACCUGUUUUGACUGAAGAUUUAAACCAGGAGGUAAUGGUGACAAAGGUCUUAGAGUCACCCUGCAACUACAUCACUGAACAAGAUGCUGUGUCUGCAUUAAUUACACUCAAAGUUCCGCCAUUAUCAGAGUAUCACGCCAAGAAACCUAGAAACCUUACUACUGGUAAGAACCUAGAAAGACCAUAUUCUGCAAAUUUUGAACUUCCCCCAGAGUUUCCAGUCAAGAAACCCAGAAACCUUACUGGGAAGAAGCUAGGGCGGCCAUUUGCAAAGGAUAGAAAAAAGACCAUAUCACCAUGUAAAAAGCCAGGCUGCCGCUAUGGUUGUAUAUGCCACCUAUGUGAAGCCAACACAUCAAAACAACCUCUCAAGAGCCACACUGAACCCCUGUGUGAUAAGGAGUAUUGUAAACUGGGCUGCAUCUGUGCAAGCAUAGGAGCUGCUAAACCUAAACAUGCUUCAACAGAAUGUAGGAAACCAGGCUGUAUGUUUGGGUGUACCUGUCCUGAGACACCACAAGUACCUGAAGUUGCUAUUCCAUCAACUACCUCUACUCUCCCCGCCAAAGACAACACAAGGCCUCUUAGGAGGGGCAAAAGAUGGAAAAAGCCAAACUUUAACUAUGGUGUCGGUAAAGAAGACUUUGUAUGGAUGGAUGAUAAUGAUGACAUUGACUUUGAUAGCUUGGCAACUUAUCUAACAGUACAGGAAAAGGAAAUAGCAAAAGGAAUUAAAAAAGCUGAAGAAGAAUCAAAAUUGGCUGAAAUGGGGAAUUCUACAAUACCAGCAUCAUCUUCACCACCUGCUACAUCAACUGAGCCUGGCAAUGUAGUCAUUGAUAUUGAUAAACCCACUGACACUAUUCAUUUCACUGAGAGACACAUGGAAAAUUCAACCAAAAGUCAAAGCCUCACGGAUGAUAACUUCAAACAUAAUGAUACGCUUGAUGAUGAGUCUAAGAUAGUGAAGCCUUUCAAAGUUGGUCGUAAGAUAUAUCCCCUUGUCAAAAGGGCUCAUGGUAAACGUGACAAGACAUAUACUCAUUUGAAAAAAUCAAUGGGCUCUUUGAUUCAGGCGCAGGCGGCUCUGUUUGCCAAGAAAGCUAAGAUUAAUCAGUCAAGGAGCAAGGUAUCAAGCCAUGUUGGAAAGAACAUCAGAAAGAACGUUAAGUCAAAGAUAAGUCUUCCAAGCCAUGACAAGGUCAUAAACCAAGUUGGAAGUGAUGGUAUUACGAGAAAAUACAUCCACACUAUAAGAACAAGCAACAUUGACCUCGAUGAUAGUGAUGUUACACUUACAAACCUUAAUGCCUCAUGUGCCAGGACAACUGUCUAUGUAUAUGCAAAAAAAAGGCAUUCCUGUACAUGCCAGAACCGUUCCUCAUUCCAUGCUUGCACAAGUCAGAACAUAUUGCCACCAAAAAUCAUACCACAAGUCCCUAAAACUGACUCUGAUAUUGAAGAUGUAACUCCUGAAGAACCCACAGCUUCCCCAGCAAUGAAAAAGGAUAUCACAAGUUCGAGAUCAAGAAGGAAAACAAAUCUAAAACCUAGAGUCGAUAUCAGUGAUACUACAACAACAGGGUCUACUACAUUACCCGUGAAAGAGUCAUCCCAGAGACAACAACGUUUUGAAAUGAAGGCUGCUUCAAUAGGGCUAAACGCAAAUGAUACAGAAGCAUCAGUAAAUGCUUCAAACUCAAAUGUGACAUCAGUCAAAAGUGUGAUGUCUGAAUCAACUACAACAUCAGACUCUCCAGAAGCAUCUAAACCUGUUAUCAUAUCUGACUUACCAUCAAACUCUAUUUCAACUACAAAAAUAACUGUAGCCAGUCCAAAUGUUAUUGAUAUUUCAGCCUUGGAGAAUAGUACAACAAAUACUGAUUUGACAAAUAAGUUCCGUUGCCAAAUGGUUCUACUACAAAGAUGUAAAAUGCCUAGCAUAUAUACAGAUGUUGCAAACCCAAAAAAGAAUGUGGAUAUGAAUGUUCCGCAUCUACUAGAGAUUCACUCCAACUGCAACUGGGAAGGUAACAGACAUGAGAUACUGAACUUUCUUUCCGAGGCUGCAGAUAGAUGCCAUCCUUAUCCCAAACUGAACUCUACAAAAGUUGGGAAGUAUAUUAUUGAGAUCAUGAAUAAAUGGCACUCGCCUACACCUGUUCCUCCCCAUCUUAAGUCACGCCUACCCAAGGAGCUCUAUGCAAUUAGAAUCAAAAUCACUCUUUUGGAUAAGACAGAAUUAGCUGGUCUUAGCUCUCAGGCCAAGGUUAACCUCUCUAAAGUAGGAGUAGCAGCUCUUAGAACUCAGUCCAAGGUUGACCCCUCUAAAGUUGGAGUGGCAGCUCUUAGAACGCAGUCCAAGGUUGACCCCUCUAAAGUAGGAGUGGCAGCUCUUAGAACUCAGUCCAAGAUUGAUCCCUCAAAAAUCUGGACAAAGGUUAAUCAAUGUAGGGUUACAUCAAAGUUUAUAGUUACAUCAAAAUUUAAUCAGCAAUCAUCUCCAAGUAACAACACACAAUUUCCGAAAAAUCAUGAAACUGAGUCGCAAAGAUUUGGUCAAAUACAAGGAAUAAAGAAAGCCCAAACUGCACUCGAAAUUAUUAAACAAAGAAGAGCCUACGGGAAUGAUGCUUCACUAAUCCUUCCAAAACCAACUGAAAUUGGAAAGAAAAGAAAUAUAGUUCUUGGUGAUAAUGAUGAACCUGCAAAAAGAAAACAAGUUGACAAAAACAAUAUUGGCAUAACAAGUCAACAAAAUACUGAAACGCUCAAGAUGGAUGAUUCCAAUAUUUCAAAACAUGGUAACAUCGCCAAACCAGAUGAGAAUAAUGAAAAUGGAAAUGAUUUAGAAUGUCGAGAUGAAAGCAUUUCCAUGUAUGAUUGGAAAUUGGUGUCCGAUGAUGAACAGACUUUUACAAACUCUUCUUCUAGAACUAAGAGCACACAAAAACAAGAGAUAAGCAUGAAUGCAAACACAGCAAAGAUUCAAUUCCUGGAUGCUAAAACAGUAACAAUUGCCAAUUCUAAGGUAACACAUAAUUUGGAAAUUAAACCUCAGAAUGGCAACAAUGAUGAUACAGAUGUUAAACAUGAUAUAGAAUAUAAUGAGCCAAAAAUUAAGUUCACAAUUGUUGGUGAGACUAUUACAGAAAUUGAACCAAACUCUGCUAGUCCACGCCUUCAAAAUUCAGUUAAACAUAGUCAAUCUGAAUUAGAUGAAUCAUCAGUUGAUACAGAAUCGUAUACCCCCAAAACUACUACCAUAUGCGGUCUGAAAAAAUUAGGACAAAAUCUACCAAAUGUUGCCACUAAAUCUGUGCAAACAAGAACCAAACAAAAUGUAACAAUUGGUCAGAAGACAUGGAAGCCAGCAUGGAUGCCAAAUAAAACAGAUUUACGGUCUUCAAACAAAAGUAAAACCACAUUUGGACAAUAUGUUGAAGUUGAGCGUAAACGACAGAAGUCAGGUGUAUCAUAUUUGUAUAAAGGUAAAGUCAAGGUUGAUAUUGGGACCUCCACUGAUACUACAUUAUGCUGGAUUCCUGUCAAAGCGGAUGGGAAAAUGGAUUCAUCAAGAAGGUUAACUCCAGAUUUGCCCAGAGUCUUUGCUCCAAAACCUGCUGAUUUGAUGGCAAGUGAAUCAAUGUUGGAUGAUGAUGAAGAUGAUGAUUAUGAUGAUGUGGAGAAUGAGCUCCUUCCAUAUCCAGUGAUAACUGAGGAAGAACAUGAAGAAGCUGUGCCUUAUAUUGAUAAAGUCAUUAAACAAUUCAAAAAGCUUUAUGAGCUCCUUAAGUCUCAAAGUGAACAGAAGCAUACUAACACAGACAGUGAGAAUCUUUCACUUCUACUUAACAGGCAAUCUGUGUACAGAUCUCUUGCAACAGUAAUUUCGAAAAUCGGGAACAAAGCUGACCCUUUACUUAAAAGCCCCUCAAAUCCUCAAGAAUCAAAGGAAAAACAGUUAAAUGAUGAUAAGCUGAGUCAAUAUAAAACAGCUUUACAAAUGGUUUAUCUGCAAAGGGAAGUAAUGAAAGUUGUCCCUAAGUUCAAGGAACAAUUUCCUGUAGAUUUCAAAAAUGUUUUUGACUUUCUGACGAAAACUAGUGUACAAGAAAAUGCAAAUAUAUUGAGUACAGUUGAGAGCUUGCCUUCCAUUGGGAAAAUACAUACAAACAAAGGACACACUGCAUCAGUGAAGAAAUUUGUAACACAAACCUUUCCUGAUACAGCUGUUUCAACACCAAUACAUUCUGAUGCCUCUCUUGGCUCCAAACGGAAAGAUAAAAUAACACUACGAGUGAUAUCAAGUGAAGAUGACAUUUCAAAUAGCAAAUCAUCCAUUCACAAACCAGGAGUUGCAACCACAGGAGGUGCUACAACACAGGCUGGUGUACCACAAAAACUUUUACUAGCAGCUGGGAAGAGUCUGCCAUUGCUAUCCACUGGCGUUUCUGGUUCCAGUAUCCCUUGUCCUACAUCGGCAUCUGGCCCUGUUCAGUAUCUGACUCUCACACCAGUCACACUAAAUAUCAGUAAUUUACAACUUAGACCUGCAGUGCCUAUUCAAGCAAGUACCUCAAAUCAUCGUGGAGGUGUUAAUCUUGGGGCACAGACCCAAAUUACUUCAUCAAAUCCUAUGACAAAAACAAUUAACACUACACCAGUUAGUGGUAACCCUGCACCGAUCACAUUUACAAAUCCGACCAAGCAAUAUAUCAUUCCAUUUCAGCCUAGAAAUUUGAGUGGACCUAUUCAGAUGCUAAGACCAACAACCCUUAAACCAUUUGCUGGGCCUUUGCAAUUGAUAGCACCAGUAAAUCCUAACCAGAUACCACCAUCAAAUCCUAAUCAGAAAGUUUUAACUUUGAAUGAACCUUGGCAAGUACCACAUACCCCAAUUAAUACCCCCACUACCCUUUCAAUACCUAUUCCAUUGGUAAGAUUAGCAAAUCAGUCACCUUCAUCCUCCUCUGAAGCGGUUAAAUCUCUAACAUCAACAAGCCCUUCAACUCCAUCCCAGCCUAUUCAAAUGCCUUCAAACAUGGUCAAUCACAAACAGUUGGAUUCUAUUGAAACACAGAAUCCAACAAUUCAUCCACAGUCUCCUAAAUCAGAGGAACCUAAUCCUAUUGAUCAAAACCCUAGAGAUCCAAAUCAGCUACAGAAAAACAUAGGCCUCUCUGUACAACCUUCAAAUAUCAAAUCCACAGAGCCUCUUCAGUUACCAAUAGUUCAGCUGGAGACUCGAAAACACACUGGAUCGCCAGUAGACCAUCCAACAACUCAAAGGUCUACAACACCUAUUCAGAAUCCAGUUACUAAAGCUUCAUUACCAAACAAAGAUACUGUCUUAACAUACGUAGCCAACCCAUUGGGCAAGAAGUUGAGGCCAAAUUCAUCUGGUCAGUGCACUGAGAGUGCAAUACUGCCUGCUGAAACAAUUGAUGAAAAACCAUGUUAUGUAAUUGUGCCUAAAGAUGGCAUUGUUUCCCUACCCUCGGGUGUCCGGCUGAAAGGCAAGAAGCCUGAGAAUCUGACAUUAAUAAAUUUUAAAGAUAAAACAUAUAGACAAGCUAACAAGGGAAAUGAUGUUGAAAGAGACACUAAUGAAGAUCCUAACAAAGACCUUAACAAACAACUUGAAAUGUUAAGAGAAAAAGAAAAAAUGUUGAUACAAAAAUUACCUUCAAACUGGCAUCGUAACCUUAUGAAGCAAUAUUCUACUGACACUAAUGUAGGCCAGGAAAGUAAUUUUGAUGAAACACAAGCAAGUAAAAGGAAAAACUCAGACGGGGCACCAAGUAGUAAAAGACUGAAGAGCUAUACUAGUGCUGCUACAGAUAAUGUGAUCACACUGGAUGAUGACAAAGAACCAGCAGGAAUAAUCCUCAAAUCUGAUCAGGACAAAGAUGCUGUAGCCACUAAAAUUCCUGUCCCAGUUGCACCAACCCCAGACAAUGAGCUCUGUAAGGAUGCUAUACCCAAUCAAGAAAAACGGUUUAAUGAGAGUGAAGCCUCACAAGAGAAAGAGCUUGGUCAUAAGCCCUUGGAGGGAAAUUUCAAACUUCAAGGUGAAUCCCAUGUAGAGAAUCAAGCAUAUGAAGAUGAAAAGAAUGAAACCUGCAUGGAGAUUGUACCAUCUCAAGAUGAACUCUGUGUGGAAAAUGAACCCUGUAUGGAGACUGAACCAUCUCAUGAUGAACCCUGUAUGGAGAAUAAAUCCUUUGUUGGGAAAGAAGUAUGUCAAGGGAAAUCUUGUGUAGAGGACA